UCGGCUCUCAAUCGCCCCCAUUUUCCGCCCGCCAACAGUUGCCGCCGCUACCUCUCUCUUCACGGACUGCGGUGCUGCCAGAUCUCCCUCCCCACACACGACGACUCAAUCAGAAUCAAGAUCGCUCCACACCAUGGGGACCGUGUUGCCCCAACACCAAGGCAACGCCGUCGGGGACAACGCUAUGCCCGACCUGGAGAUCGGUCAACCCACCAUGGAGAUCGAUCAAUCCACCAUAAUCAACAUACUGCACUCCAUGCUACCCUCUGCCUCGCCACCGGCGGUAGCACAACUGGGGCGCGCGCUGUGGGGGCUGGGCUCCCUCACCCUUGUCCUGGCCCUCACCACCGUGCUCCACCUGCCGGCCGCCGGACCUGUCUUCGCCCACUACAAGGCAGCAUACUAUGCCAUCCUUGCCUUUGUUCUCUUUGUCGCAGUGCCGGUGGAGCUGGCCACUGCCUUCUGCCUGCCCGGCCACGGCCGUGAUGGCCGCCUCCGCGUCUUCGCCUGGGAUAGCCGAUUGGUCUGGUCAAUCAACGAUUCAUUUGUAUUCUGUCCAGAAAUUUUGGUGCCGUCAGUGGUUAUCUGCUUUGUUAUUUAUGGGUACAUCUUUAGUAGAUAGGUUCUGUUUCUUGAUACUCUGGAAGAUAUGUUGUGCUAGUGAAUGCGAGUCUGUAUGUCACCGUGAUCUGCCAACGUAUUGUGAAUAUGUUUCUUGUUUCUGGGUCAAUAAGUUCUUGUCCUGUUGUUUGUCCAUGCGUUCCAUGUAUGCACUCUUCUUCCUGGCAUCCGAGGAUGCGUUCGUCGAGAUAAAUUUCAUGUCUGGCUCUGCUUGGAUUGGGUGUAAUUUUUGUGUGAACUGAGCUAAGUACUGUGGAGCACACACAAAAAAUUCCCCAAUCCAAGCAGGCCUUAAGUCUUAAUAAACAGUGCAACCUUUGUAUGCUUGUUAAUGUUUGAAUGGGAAGUAGAAUAAAUGGACACAGGUUAGGUUGACUUGUCAUCAGAUAGCUUCGUUUUGAGUGCAUACGUUUUGCCUUUUGGUGUUUCAGUUUUCCAACUGAAUGUGUGUGUCGAGCUUUGAUCGAAGCUGGUAAUUACUCAAGUUAUUAGCAGAACUGUGAACAACGACACAAUAGCCUGGUAUUGGAUUCAGAUUGUUUGAGUACACACUAAUUGGCCUAGUAGUUAGAUCCAGAUCUCAGAUGUAUGUGUUGAGUAAUGCUAUCGAUCUAAGGAACAACUGAACGAGCAACCCCUGCUCUUAUGCAUGUGAAUUUUAACCUACACUGUCAUCAGUAAUGUAGCUCAUGUGUUACACUGUAGUAUAUUUUCUGUAUCUCUUACCCCUGUAUGACAGUUAAUUUAUUGCUUGAAUGGAAUUUAUUGAUAGAUCAUUUUUCCUGGAAUUGAUGUUCUUUCAAUGUUUACUG